AUGACGGACCACAGCGCGGACGACCCGUACAAGCUCCUGGGCCUCGACCCCAGGCCAGAUCUCGCGACCGCGGAGAUCAAGAGAGCGUACAGGAAGCGAGCGCUGAGCGUGCAUCCCGACAAGCGACCGAGUCACGAGCGCGAGCGCGCGCAGAGGGAGUUCGACGCGCUUCAGAAGGCGUACGACAUCUUGUUAGAUCCCGAGGCUAGGAAAGCGCUCGAGAACUUGGCGAAAGUGAAAGCCGCGAGGCGAGAUCGCGACGACGCGCAGGAUGCGAAGCGGAGGAAAAUGCGCGAGGAGCUGGCGCGACGCGAACGCGUGGCGGAGCGAGGGAAGACCGAGGAGGAGGAGGCGAAAGAGAAGCUCCAAGCCGAGCUCGCGCGGUUGCGACGGGACUUCGCGACGAGGAAGAAGGCGUACGACAGAGAGAGCAGCGUCGCGGGACCCACCCAGGACGCCGGCGACGGCGCGAACGCGAACGGCGCGACACACGCGGUGCCGGAGCACUUGUACCGCGCGCUGAAAGUCGUGUGGAGGAAAGACGCCGGCGGCGGCGUCGAGUACCCGGUCGCGAAGCUGAGGAGCAUCUUCAGCGCGUUCGGGGACGUCGAGGACGUCGUCAUACGAGACGGGAAGAAGAAGAAGGGCAGCGCGCUCGUGGUUUUUUCCGCGCGAGAGGGCGCGAAGCGCGCGGCGAGCGCGGCGUGCGGCGACCCUUCGAACCCGUUGCUCGCGGUCCGCGCCGCGAUACCCCCGGCUGGCGAGGACGUAGACAUAGACGCGGCGGCGACGGCGAAGACGACGGCGGCGGCGGCGGCGGAGAAGCCGAGACCGCCGCCUGCGCCGCCGCCGUCGUUCAGUGGGGGCGGGGGCGUCGCGUUUAACGCGAGCGCGGGCGUCGCCGGCGGCGCGUUGUUCCCGGGCGGCGGCGCGAAGAAGGCGAGCUUCGGCGGCGGCGCCCCCGCGCCGUUCGGUUCGUUCGACGCGGUCGCCGGGAGUCACGGACAGACGGCGAACAAGGACUACGAGAGCGUCGUCCUGGAUAAGAUGCGAAGGGCGCAGGAAAAGGCGCGGAUCAUAGCCGAGAUGCGAGCCGCGGACGACGCCGAGGAGGCGGCGUGACGUCGAGCGAAAACGAGAACCGAUUUUUAUGUCGUCAUCGCGAUAGUUAUAGAUC